AGCGGCGGCGCCCAGUGUUUAAUCCUGAGGUGUUGAGAGAUAAAAUGUGUCGUCUUCAUCUACAGUUAUUCAACGGAGUUACAGUCGCCAAUCCCACCAUCAGACACCUCGAACCUUUACCGAUAGCCCAUUUUAGCAGUAUUUCUGAGAGACGCUUUAGUAAAAAGUGUUCAUCUGUCGGCUGAUUCCUACUACACCGCGGCCGUACACAAGGAAACCACCGGCUUCGCCGGACACCGGGUACCAGAGCGGAGAGAAGCGGCUACUGUGGGGCGGUAGACAUGCCUAAGCCUAAAAAGAGGAGCGCCAGAGCCGCGGGUGGUCGGCAGAAAAAUCUUUGUCCAUUUAGUGACGAUGAUUCCUCACUCGAAACCAUGAGCCAGUGCAGUAGUUUUAGUGAUGCUGCCAGCUAUCAAGAGGAUGGUGCUGAAGUUGAUGAAAUGGCAGCCCAGGAAGACUUUGAGUUCAAAUUAAAGGGUCUUAUUGAACUUACAAUGGACAAAAGUGCAAAGACAAGGCAAGCUGCUCUGGAAGGCCUAAAGAAUGCUUUGGCAUCCAAAAUAUUAUGUGACUUUAUCUUGGAAAGAAGGCUAACAAUCACCGAUAGUAUUGAGCGCUGCCUAAAGAAAGGAAAAGGUGAAGAGCAACGUAUAGCAGCAGCUCUAGCCUGCCUUCUUUGCUGCCAGCUUGGCUCUGGCAAUGAAAGUGAAGAAGUGUUCAAAACCUUGUCUCCAACUCUAAAGACUAUUAUUUGUGACAGAGGUGCAAGUAUCCAGGCACGUCAGGCUUGUGCUACAUACUUGGGCCUCUGCUGCUUUAUUGCUGCUGAUGACAUUGAGGACUUGUAUGGAACAAUGGAGUGUCUGGAAAACGUCUUCUCUAAGCAGUAUCGAUCUGAAGGCGGUGCUGAUGGCUGUUCAGCACUUCACGUCCAAGCUCUCCAAUCAUGGACCCUUUUGCUAACCAUCUGUCAUACAAGUGAAGCAAAGAAGAAAAUGGACAUACAUCUACCCAAACUUCCACGACUGCUUUCCUGUGAGGAUGUCAACAUGAGAAUUACAGCUGGGGAAACACUGGCUGUUCUGUUUGAAAUUGCAAGAGAAGCGGAUGCAGAUUUUUAUUAUGAAGACAUUGAUCCUUUGACUCAGACAUUGAAAGCUUUGGCUACUGACUGCAAUAAACACAGAGCCAAAGUAGACAGACGAAAGCAACGCUCUGUUUUUCGGGAUGUACUCAGAGCUGUUGAGGAUGGAGACUUUCAGGCUGAAAUGAUCCGCUUUGGCAGAGAGCGCAUGCACAUUGACUGCUGGGUGAAAAGGCUCACAUAUGAUAUUUUCAAGGAGCUAUUUGGCUCUGGAAUGCAGCUUCAUCUUCUGACGAAUGGCUUUCUGCGUAGUAUAUUUGAGCUUGGACCACCUUUGUGCUUGAGUGCAGCCGAUAUUGCAGCAAUGAAAAUCUCCCGUGUUGAAAGGCACAUGAACAACUCUGCUGCAUUCAAAGCUCGCACAAAAGCUAGAAGCAAACUGCGUGACAAGAGAGCAGAUGUCGGAGAAUUCUUCUAAAUAUUCAGGAUGGGAUCCAACCUGCAAAUGUGUAAACUCUGCAAAUGAAAAGAACAAUUUUUAACAGUUGGCUAAGGCUGACCUCGCAAAUGGCUUUAGCAGCGUUUCAGUUGGGAUGGAAAGAUGUACAUGUGGGUUUGUAACAACAUAUGAAUAUAUUUAUUCAUUAUGUAUUAGGUCCAGCUAUGUAGUGUUUCUCCAUAAUCAUGUCUUGUAUAACUUUGCCCUAUAUAGUAUUCCUGCUAAACAAGUCCUGUAUACCUUCACUGCCUGCUGCAGUUUGAUUUCUUUUGUGUCAUGCAUCUCCAAUAUGCGUAUUUUCUGCAUAAUCAGCCGUAAGUUGCAUUUGGAUUUAUGUAUUAUAAAUUUUGCAUGAUUCAUGCUAAAUUAUCCUUGUGAUAUUUUUGGUGUUUUGAAAUAGAAGUGAGAUUUGUAAAUUAUCACUGACCUACUCUAUUUGCUGUAACUUGAUUUAAGGUCACUUUGCAUUGGGUUGCUCCUGUGUGCACAUUUUAUCUUAAGAGUUAUACAUGAAAUUUGUGUAAAUAUCUUUCCAAACAAUUGUGUAAUUGUAUCAUGGUUUUUUAAAUGUACCAUUAAAAAAACAUUGUGCUUA